ACCAAUACAACCUUUAUUCCCUCCCUUCUAGCCCUACACACAGACACAUUGUUUCCACACCCAUGGGUGCUACUGCACAUAGGAAAUGAUUACACAACUUCUAUUGAAAGAAGUCUGAACCAGAGCACCAAAUGUUUAACUCUCUCUCUCUCCGUCCCUUCCUCCUUCUCUCCUCCAGGGUUGAAGGGAGGAGGCCCCUCAGCAGGAGGGGGUGUUCCUGGGGGCCCUAAUUUCAGCUACUCCUUCCAGGGCGACCCCCACGCCAUCUUCGCUGAGUUUUUCGGGGGCCGGAGCCCCUUCGACCAGUUCUUCCCCCGAAACGGCGGGGGCCCAGACGGGGACAACAUGGACACUGACGAUCUCUUCGCCCGUUUCGGGAUGGGGGGCGGCGGCAUGGGGGGGUUCCCCCGUUCCUUCAGCACAGGGAUGGGGGGAGGGAUGGGGGGGCAGAUGGUUGAGAAGCACCAGGACCCACCCAUGCUCCACGACCUCAGGGUGACCUUAGAAGAGGUGUUCUCGGGUUGCACUAAGAGAAUGAAGAUAUCCCACAAGCGGCUGAACGCAGACAGACGGACCACCCGGACGGAGGACAAGAUCCUGGAGGUGGAGAUAAAGAAGGGCUGGAAGGAGGGGACGAAGAUCACCUUCCCUAAAGAGGGGGAUGAGACGCCCACUAACAUCCCGGCAGACGUGGUGUUCGUGGUCAAGGAUAAGCCCCACCCAGUGUUCCGGCGAGAAGGCUCUGACAUCGUUUACCCCGCCAAGGUCUCCCUCAGAGAGGCUCUGUGCGGCUGCACGGUCAACGCCCCCACGCUGGACGGCAGGACAGUAACCGUGACGACCGGGGACGUGGUGCGUCCGGGGAUGAAACGACGUAUCACGGGGGAGGGGCUUCCUCACCCCAAGCGGCCCGAUCGCCGCGGUGACCUGCUGGUGGAGUACGAGGUGGUGUUUCCGGAGAGACUGAGUCAGAGUGCCAAGGAGACCAUCGCGCAGGUGCUUCCACCCUAGUCCUGAUACCUAUGAACUAUGAACUUCUUAAGGACAAAAUGGACGGCCGACGAACAGUGAAAAGCAACAAGUGGCUGUCCGCCCUAUCGCCUCUGACCAAAGAACAACGACCGCCACCAUUUUCUGGACAGGGGCCACCUGAUCCUAGAUCAGCAUUCCUGCACUCUAGAGCCAGAGACCAUCAAAUAAAUGUGGUUCUUUAGCAUCCUUUAGUAUGAGCCUCUUUAGCUUUACUUGAAAAUGGCCAUGUACAGGCUAGAGGCAUUGGUUUGUUAGCAGUGGUUCUCAAACCUCUCCUCUGGGACCCAGAGGAGAGGUUUGAAAUACCUAUUUUGGGGGAUUAGAUUUGUAUUUCUUGGUGGCAUUUCUUUGCAAAUGGCAUCUCUUCGUGUAUCUAUUCUAGGGGUUUAGGUAUCAUGGGUGGUUUUCAUGGUUUUGGUUAUUGGAUUCUGAUCAAAUCAAUAGAACGUAUUGGCACUGAUCAAUACCCAUAGUCUGAUAAUACCCAUAGUCAAUAGCCGUAGUCCCCACUGGUCCCCAUGACAACCAGAGGAUGUUCAGGAGCACUGAACUGUUGUCAGUGGUUUAGAACAGAAACAAUGCUACUUGAAUGCAUGGAAAUAUAAUCUAUAGAACGGACCUUCCCAUUCAAGUCAACGAUGAUUCUAUUUCUAUGCUUGAAUUUUCUUUACUUUUCCAAGAUGCCUACAAUAGUAAUAACAAUAAUAGGGUGGGGGGAAAUGUGAGUGAGAGGUGUGUGUGUGUGUGUGUGUGUGUGUGUGUGUUUUUGCAGCUAGUGUGUAUGAGUUAGCUAGCUAGGUGAACCUUUUUGUACAGAAAUUCAUGGAAUGUAUGACUUGCUGUAGGAUCUGGGCUUUGUAUUGUGCAACUGUUGGAUUGCGCACUAUCAUGAUAUAGGAUAUCUUAGUAUAGGAUGUUAGCACAGUAACCAUAGGAGAUAUAGGGUUUCAUGUUAUACCCAUAGCACUCCUCUUUACUCAAUAUUACACAGAAAAUCCACCUGUUGUUGCUGCAGAAAGUGAGAACUGUCCAAAAACUGCUUUUAAACUGUUUAUUGAGCAAAAAUAUCAACUUUUCCUUUAAAUUGUCUAUGCGAAAUGUUUCACAUUUUAUUGACAUGAAUGUAACCAAAGCACUUGUCCUCAUCAGGUUUUAGCCACGUCUUAAUGAAAUAAAACCCUUUCCUAACUGUC